GGGGCAGCGCCGCCGAGUCCCAGCCGGAGCUGAGCUGGGUGGCCGCGCCUCCCUCGCCGUCCCCGCCCGGAGCCCGGCGCCGCCGCCGCCCCGCCGCCCCCGCCGGCCGCGCUGUGACGCGGGCAUGAGCCUGGCCCGCCGCCCGCCGAGCCAGCGCCCCCUCUAGGGGCCGCGGCGCCCAGCAGGCGCUGGGUGAAGGAGCCGCUAGAACAAUGCUGAGGCGGGCGAGGUGAGGAGCGCCCCGCGUGGCAGCCCCGACGGAGUAUCUCGAACAGGUGAUCGGAGGAGCCGGGAAACCGAGGCCACCUGGGCAUCCCUCCCCUCGCCUCGGCCGGAGCCUCAAAGACGGUGGAGAAACCAUGGCGACCAAUUUCAAUGACAUCGUCAAGCAAGGCUACGUGAAGAUGAAGAGCAGGAAGCUCGGGAUCUACCGGAGAUGCUGGCUGGUGUUCCGGAAAUCCUCCAGCAAGGGGCCCCAGCGGCUGGAGAAGUAUCCAGAUGAGAAGUCAGUGUGCCUCCGCGGCUGCCCCAAGGUGACAGAGAUCAGCAAUGUCAAGUGUGUCACACGGCUCCCCAAGGAGACCAAGAGGCAGGCAGUGGCCAUCAUAUUCACCGACGACUCAGCACGUACCUUCACCUGCGACUCAGAGCUGGAGGCAGAGGAGUGGUACAAGACACUCUCUGUGGAGUGUCUGGGGUCGAGGCUCAACGACAUCAGUCUGGGAGAGCCAGACCUCCUGGCCCCAGGAGUGCAGUGUGAGCAGACAGAUCGCUUCAACGUCUUCCUGCUGCCCUGCCCCAACCUGGAUGUGUACGGCGAGUGCAAGCUGCAGAUCACCCACGAGAACAUCUACCUCUGGGACACACACAACCCCCGCGUGAAGCUCGUCUCGUGGCCCCUCUGCUCACUGCGCCGCUAUGGCCGGGACGCCACACGCUUUACCUUCGAGGCUGGCAGGAUGUGUGACGCCGGGGAAGGGCUCUACACCUUCCAGACGCAGGAGGGGGAGCAGAUCUACCAGCGGGUCCACAGUGCCACCCUGGCCAUCGCCGAGCAGCACAAGAGGGUCCUGCUGGAAAUGGAGAAGAAUGUGAGGCUGCUCAACAAGGGCACGGAACAUUACUCAUACCCCUGCACGCCCACCACCAUGCUGCCCCGCAGUGCCUACUGGCACCACAUCACAGGUUCCCAGAACAUUGCCGAGGCCUCCAGCUAUGCAGGUGAGGGGUACGGGGCAGCCCAGGCCAGCUCAGAAACGGACCUCCUCAACAGAUUCAUCCUGCUAAAGCCAAAGCCCAGCCAGGGGGACAGCAGUGAGGCCAAGGCCCCUUCCCAGUGACGGCAGAGCAGGCGUGCACAGAUGACUGCUGGGGCUGCCUGCAGCGUAUCGUGGACGGCCUGGAGGGGCCGUGGGCCAAAAGCCUGGAGAAAGGGAGCAAGCUUUCCCUUCUUCGCCCCCAAGGGUGAGACUGGACCAAGGCAAAGGGCUGGCCAUGCCACCUGAGCAUGUGUGAGGGGCUGGAGCUACCACGGGACUAUAUACUGUUGAUGAUUUUAAUAUAUAUGGCUUAUGACGUAUUCUAUAUUAAUAAGACUCCCCCGUCCCUCCCUGCUACCACAUACACGUUUUAAUCCCAUAACCAGGCCAUAGUCAAGGCUGUAUUUGAAUGUGAGGGCAGUGGUUUCCCUGUCCCCCAAGGUACCAGGCCUCCUGCUGCCAGGACCUGAGCUGCCAGGGCUAGAGGAGGGAGACAGUCCACACUCCCCGCUGCUGCUCUGGCUGCUGGCUUGUCCCAAGCGGCUCAGGGGGAGACAGUAGGUGGCUCCUCAGUCCCUCUGGGCCUCGAGUGGCACAGGAAGGAUCUGAACUUACACUGUGCCGCUUGGUAGCCUUGCACUUGGAGUUUUAAGCAGAGGUGACAUCUGGUUGACACCUCAGGUGAAAAUCUGGUUUUAAAAUGGUUUCUGCCCAGGCUCCUUCCUGCUUAGUAGGCUGAGAAGACGCCCCAGGGGUGGGGUGCUGGUUACCUCAGCCCGGGGAGGACGGCCAGUCCCAAGCACUUUCCUGCCCCAGGGCCAGGCUGGCCACGCAGGAGGACUGCUGGGGGGGGGGGGGGGGGGGGGAGCACGCCGCUGCCCCCUCUCACUGACCAGGGUGGACUGUGCUCCCACAGAGGGCGCCGCUGUGCCCCGUGUGGCCUCCCUGCGGCCAGCCAAAAGCACUCAGAAACCAAGACCUCCCCGUUUCCUCCUCCCCACAUGGUGCUGAGGUUCCCUGCUAAAAUGCAAUUAAAGCAAUUGAUUUUCUA